UGGGGUGCAGAGUGACACAGUGUUUGUGCAUACACAGAGCCUGUGUAUCUUUGUGGUUUCCGAAGCAAAGUCUAUAGACUAGCUGCCACUAGUGUCUCCUGUCACUGUCCAGUUGCAAUACAGUAGUUAUGUCAGAGAUGAGAAUUAGGUACUGUGCCCUGUAGAGUUAGGUGGAUGCUCUUAGUCUAUUAUAGCACUUCAGGUAUCGCCACGUGAAAUCACACAGCCCUUCUCUUAAAAGAAUGCUUGAACUGCAUGCCAUCCUAUUGAAAUAUUGAGCACUGAUUAAAUAUGAGAAAUAAAUAUUGAAAGCCCAGCUCUUUUGCCAGCAGAGUGGUGGUGGUGUGCAGGAAUCUUGGUGCUUUAGGGAGAAGAGCCCUGUGUGGUUAGUGCUGAGGAAUGGUGAAGGUGCUCUACUCCAAGUAGACCUAUGUCUUUAAAGAAGUCUGUACUGAAAUGAACUUGGAGGGAGGGAAGGAGCUGAAGAAUUUCUAUGGAAGCAGAACGGAUCCAACUGAAAGCAGGGUAGGGAAUCAUUAGGCAAAAAUCUUAAAAAUCCGUCUCUUGUUUUUGAGAGUUGGAGUAGACCCCAACCCUCCAACCCUUUUUGAGGGUUGAAAGCAGAUCCCAAAAGAUUCCUAGCAGGGAUGUGAGGUUGGGAAUGGGUCUGUUGAGUCACAAGGUUGAUGCUGGUAGCUGAGAAAAGACAUGCAGCAGCAGGGCUUGGACUCCCCAUUCCCAGCCUCAGCUUUGAGGCUAGCUCUGCAACAGCAUAGAUAUCAGUGAGUUUCCUGGGGCUUUAUGCUCCCCUCUGCCAAACGGGCAGUCUGUUCACACCUUGCCCCUCUCAAGUGCAUCAAGGGAAUUGCCACAUACCAAGCUUAUAGGAGUCCUCAGCGAGAGGUGCUGCCUCAAUGCGAGGUAGAAUUGUGCCAUAAAAAAGCCACAGGAGUCAACAAAAAGCUGCCCAAAGUUUCUCUGAAAACUGGUGCUGGACAGUGCGUAUCUAACCCACUUGAAAACAUGCUGUGUACUUUAAGAUGGGAGUCCCAGAGUAGCUGGCAGAGCCCGUUGUUAUACCCAUCUGUCUGGGGCCACCCUGUGUUUGUACUCUGAAGAGAGUCUGGACAAGGAGGAAGCGUGGGAGCUGCUCCUCACGAGGUUCACGCUCGCUUCCCCCACCCACAGACUCUUAACGAUUUCCGUUUUUGCAUGGGGUGCAAAAGGGGAGCGUUACUGUGCAAUAGGGGACAGAUGUACUGCAAGUGACUUGCAUACACAAGGCAACCCAGCCAGCCCUGUAACUAAAACCUCUCGUCACUUCAGCAAACAUUUUGUAGAGAAACUGUGCUCUCAGGACAGGUCUACCUGCCUACCCUGCUGUGCAGACUGUGUCAGUGCCUGGUUAUGUGGGUGUUGGUGUCGUCCAGCAGUGCCGACACAGCCCUGUAUGUGCCAAAUUCGGAAAAGACUGGAGGCAUUUCAAUAGGCACCGCACAACAUCAGCACAGGGUCCAAGUCCCAUUUUGGGACUUCAGGCAAAACCAAAGGAAAUGGUGUGUAAAGGCUCCCCCUUUUUGUUCCUGUUUGGUUAGGCAUGCCCCUUGCCUCGUUCUGUCCUGCCGCUGGCCGUAGGGUAGGGGUAGGCUGUGUUGCAUGCUAUGGGUUGAGUCUUUGGUCUUGUUCCCACAGGCUGAGCAUCCGAGGUCCAGCACAGCCGGGAAGUGCCUCUUUGGGUUGAUGGAGGUCACGCAUGAGGUGUUCGCCUAUGCAUCAAGCGGGUCUUCUGACCCCUUCUUCUCUCCUGGCAGCACAGGCGUCUUUGCAGUCACCAUUUCCCCCAGAAGACAGCAGUGGAUCCCAAAAGUUCCUUGUGUCCUCACCUCCGAACAAAUCGAGCACUUGCACCGACGAUUCAAGCAGCUGAGCCGGGACCAGCUGACGAUCCGCAAGGAGAAUUUUGACAGCAUCCCCGAUCUGGAGUUCAACCCAAUUAGGGGGAAAAUCGUCCAUGCUUUUUUCGACAAGCGGAACCUGCGGCAGGAGUCGGAUGGGCUGGCGGAUGAGAUAAACUUCGAAGACUUCCUGACCAUCAUGUCCUACUUCAGACCCAUCGAGAUGAACAUGGACGAGGAGCAACUCGAUCGCUUCCGGAAAGAGAAACUUAAAUUCCUCUUCCAUAUGUAUGACUCGGACCACGACGGGAAGAUCACGCUGCAGGAGUAUAGAAAUGUAACGUAUGGUCCCUCCUGCCCCAUCACCACCGAAUUCCCGGCCCCGGCUUUGACCCGCUGCCUCGUAGGUGGUGGAGGAGCUGCUGUCGGGGAACCCUCACCUGGAGAAGGAGUCGGCACGGUCCAUCGCCGACGGGGCCAUGAUGGAGGCAGCCAGCAUCUGUGUGGGACAAAUGGUGGGAGCCGGUUCCUUGCUCUACCGCGGCACAGAGAUACACAGAUGGUAUCGAAAACAGGGCUGGAAGGUGUCCAUCCUGCCCAGCGCAUCUUCCCUGUCCCCAGGCUGCUUUGGCUGGAGAUUUUUUUGCAGGCAGCAGCUUUCAGGGUUGUUUUUGGUUUUUGUUUUUUUUUUUCCCUUAUAAGAGCCCAAGGGGGAUAAGCAAGCAGCAUCCCAUAAAGCAUGAUCCUCAGUGCGUGGGGCUUUAGUGCUUAUAAAAAGGGCAGCCCCUUGCAGCCAUAGUGGUUCUGGGAACCAAUUUUGGGCCCGCCGUGGGGCACAGUGCAGGACCAGUGCUGUGCGCCCAUGGGAGACGUGUCCCACAGCCCCAAGGGACCCAUCCUCUGGUCACCCAGUGCCCCGAGGCCCCUGCCCCAUCGGCGUGGGGCAGCUGUAAUGUUUUCUCUCUUGCUGC